UCUGUAGCUAUUGGUCGGUUACAGCUGCGUCAGACGUGCACGACGCUGCGUACACAGUGAUGGCCAAUAGUAGUUUACAUGCAAAUCUGGUUGAAAAUUGCCCCGGGAAUCUUGAGUUUCGCGCGUGGAAUAUCCUCUCGUGCUUGUGUCAGCGGUGGCGCUCUGUUACCUAAAAUAAUAUUGUUCUGCGUUAGUGAAGGAGACAGACUUGAAUAUGGCCAGUUUUAUAUCGUACAAGCGGUAAAUAUAGGUAAAAAUAAGAGUAGCAGCAAUCAUUACGGGAAAAUAUGAGAAAAGGGGUCUCGGAAGUCGUCGGCAUUAGCCUGGGUUGGUCCGAGUAUAGCUCGACCAUACGGACCGACGGCCCUUCGAGUCACGGUCACGUUACACCCUCCGGACCCUCAACAACAGGGACAGGGCAGACGUUUAAGCUCGAACGAAUUCAGGUAAUGACAAUCUUCAACAACGAUGAUUAACCAGCUGGAAGCCGCACAUCCCCAGGACCUUCAGGAUGGUGGCUGGACCGCCAAAGCCAAAAAACCGAUGGCCUCUCUGUCCCACACAGGAGAAAAGGCUCCCGCCCUCAGUCCCAUUGCACGCAAGUCCCUAUUCGAGAAGUCGCGCUGUGACACCUCACUCGGUUUCUUGACGCAGAGGUUUGCAGAGAUGCUACGCCGCUCCGCUGACGGGGUGUUGGACCUCAACCUAGUUGCCCAGGAGCUCAAUGCGCCUAAGAGACGCGUCUACGACGUCACCAAUGUCCUGGAAGGGAUCCAACUCAUCAAAAAGAAGUCUAAAAACUUAGUGGAGUGGUUGGGCGGUCAAGUGAACGUAGACCUGGAUCAAGAGCUGAAGACUCUGGUUGAGGAGGAGAGAAGGCUGGAUGAGUUGAUCCACAGCUGUACGCGGCAGGUUCACCAGCUGUGUGACAACCAGAGCAGUCAGAAAUUUGCCUAUUUGACAUACGAGGAUGUCCAAAGGAUUCCCAGCAUGAAAGAACAGACUGUGAUCGUGAUCAAAGCCCCUGCAGAGACAAAACUGGAGGUGCCACAUCCAGAAGAGAGCCUUCAGGUCCACCUCAGCAGCACACAGGGACCCAUCGACGUGUUCCUCUGCUCUGAUGUCCCCAUCCCUAUGGAAACCACAGACAGCUCUGUGGCCAACUGUGCCGAUAGCAUCCACUUGGACUCGUCCGCCAAUGGGAACGGCCCCACCCCCCUUGUGCCUUACUCGUGCUUUGUCCAGGUGUCUUCCAAAGACAAUGAUAACCGUACUCUCGGAAACGGUAGUAUCUCCAACCCGCCGUACCAGCCGAUGCAACACUCAUCACCAGUUACUGUCACCCCUGUCUCCCCCAUGCACCCCUCCCUCCAACCCCCCUCUGAAGAUAAGCAGAGCUUUGUCGGCCUCACUCCACCUCUAGGUUUCUCUCUUGGUGGGGAUGAGUACCUCAUGAGCCUGGCUGAGGAUGAGGGCAUCACUGACCUCUUCUCUUAUGACCUGGAACACGUGCCUCUGGAUAUGCCCCUUCUCUAAGCAGCUGUUUUGGAAACAAACAUUUUUUGGAGGCAAUUGCCAUUUUAUCACAAACUGGAUACCAAGGGGGGGACAAUAAAAGAACAAAGGGCUGAUCUGUAAGUUUUCCAUAUUUACGUUUGCCUUUCAUGGCUAGAUGGGAAUGGGAUUUACUGUUGCUCAGGUAUGUGGACGAGUGACAUCUUGUUAUGGCUUCCUUAUUGCCUUUAGAUCUUGGACUGACAUGCAUGUUGUUAUUCAAAAGACUUUGUUGCAGAGCUUUAAUCUGUUGCAUGGUUUGGUGUCCUUAAGUGUCCUUCUCUAAGGUCUGAGCAUUUCUGUCUCAAAACAGGACUCAUUCUUGACUAUUGGCCAUAUCAGUGGAAAGACGCCAUUUUGUAUUGUGAUCACAUAGCCUUCACAACAAAAAAUGAUUGAGACACCCAUUUAGAGUUAGGAAGUGUUGAUUAAAAGUAUUAAAAAAAAAUGCAAAGAA